CUUUUUGGGGGCAUAUUUUGCCCAGCAACUUUUACGGUAUGACUCACCCAAGGCAGCUGUUACGCAUGACAAAAAGAAAAAAAAUCAAAGGAUAAGGUGGAGCGAGCAGAUGGCAGGAGUCAGAUAAAAAGGUGUUGGCGCGCGGGAGCGACUAUUUGAGACGGGAAGGGGCCACACGAUGCCGCGCACCGGGACCAUGCGGAGCUCCAGGCUGCUCAGCGCGGCGCUCCUCUGCGCGCUGCUGCUGCUGCUCUCCAGCGCCGCUGGAGCCCAAGUGUUGGACACCGAGUCCGAGGAGGAGCUGAGCCCCAGAGCCCUGCGGGACUUCUACCCCAAAGGUCCGAACCUGACCAGUGAGAAGCAGCUGCUUGGGGCUCUCCAGGAAGUUCUUGAAAAGCUGCAGGCGAAGCGACUGCCUCUGUGGGAAAAGAAAUUUGGCCAAGUCCCAACGUGUGAUGUCGGGGAGCAGUGCGCCGUGAGGAAAGGCGCUCGGAUCGGCAAGAUGUGCGACUGUCCCCGGGGAGCUUUCUGCAACUUUUUCCUGCUGAAGUGCUUAUGAGCCUCUCCGGACGUGAAUGCGGCGUUGAGAUGUAAUUCCUCUGUCAUAUUUUCUAUGAUGCAGCCGAGGAGCAGGUGCGGGGAGUGCGCAGGAGUAGCUCUGUAUUUUAACUGUACUUUAUGUCUGUAAGGAUGCUGGCGAUGGGCGGGACGCGAGAACGACAUGAAGAGCCGUAAAGUUCCUGUACAUAUUCAGAACCACUUCAUGUGUGAAGCAGGGUCAUUUGUUGUCAUGUGAUAGCAGGUAGAAAUAACCUGUAGACUGCACAGUAAACUCACCUGAGGACCACACACACAC